AUGUGUAGCAUGUGGGAUUGGUUUACGGAUGGGGUACCAAAUAUGGAACCUGUCGAACAAAUUCUCAGUGUUGGUCCUAUCAAACCAACUACGAAUGUUGAACAUUUAGAUCAAUUUCAAUAUAUUGACGUCGAACAAAUCCCUGCCAAUACCAACCAAGACAUUCUUGAAACCGAACCUUUUGAUCAAUUUCAGAAUAUUGAUGUCGAAGAUAUCGACCGAUUACAUGCUAAUACUAACCAAGAAAUUCCCGAAGUUGAAUCUUUUGAUCAGUUUCAGAAUAUAGAUGUCGAAGAUAUCACACGAAUCCCUGCUAAUACCAACCAAGACAUUCCCGAAGUUGGUAUGAAAUUUGAUUCAGAAGAGCAGCUUUCAGUUUUCUUUUACAAAUAUGCCUACAAUACUGGAUUUGGGGUUCGAAAAAUCAGUACAAGAAAAGAUGGUGAUAAAAGGUACUACAAGCUUGCAUGUUCGAGAGGAGGUGUACAUGUGCCUAAGAAUGAAUCAAAUACAAGGUUGUCGAGCAAAAUAGAUUGUAAGAUGAAAAUCAAUGUGAUUGUUAAUGAUGAUGAAGGGCAUUUGCGAAAUGUGUUUUGGGCAGAUGCACGAUCUAGGGCAGCUUACAAGUCAUUUGGGGAUGUUGUGUCUUUUGAUAGCACAUACUUAACUAAUAAGUAUAGCAUGCCUUUUGCUCCUUUUGUUGGAGUAAAUCACCAUGAGCAUUCUAUCUUAUUUGGAUGUGGUUUACUAUCAGCGGAGGAUAAAGAAACAUAUGAGUGGUUAUUCAAGUCGUGGCUGGAAUGUAUGGAUGGAUCCCCACCGAAAGCAAUAAUAACUGACCAAUGUAGAUCAAUGCAAGCAGCAGUAGCAUGUGUUUUCCCCGAGUCACAUCAUCGUCUUUGCCUUUGGCAUAUUAUGAAGAAGGUCCCUGAAAAAUUAGGUGGCUUAAGGCAAUACAAAGAAAUCAAGAAAAUCUUAAAAAUUCAUGUGUACGAGUCUAUAGAUGCUCAAGAAUUUGAAGACGGCUUGUCAAAAAUGAUUAAAGAUUACAAUCUUGAAAAUAAUGAAUGGUUAUGCUCUUUGUAUAAUGACCAAAAGCGUUGGAUGCCUAUAAAUGUAAAGAAGUGGUUUUGGGCUGGCAUGUCUACAACUCAAAGAAGUGAAAGCAUGAACGCCUUUUUUGAUAGUUAUGUUAAUUCAAAAAUGUCCUUGCGACAAUUUGUGGAACAAUCAUGGGAAAAGCUAAAUGAUGAUUCAAGUUGGGUUGUUGAUAGCAAUGUAACUUUGAUAUCCGAAGAUGUUCAUCAUGUGUCAAGCUCAACUAAAAAGUUGUUAGAGCCCGCUCAAGUGCGUGGUAAAGGUCGCCCGCCAUCAAAAAGGAAGCAAUCCACAUUAGAGAAAAAUGUGAAGAAAAGAAGAAAGAAAAAUGUAUCUGAUAGGAAUGAAGACACAAAUGGUAAAUAUGCAAAAACCAGUGUUGAUGGUAGCUCGUGUAUGGCAAAUUACAGUUUUGAUCUUAAUAAGUGA